AUGGCCACGGCUAUCCUCCACAAAAUUACCCUCCACAGAACUACCCCCCGCAACAAGGGUAUCCUCCGCCGUCUCAAGGUUGGGGGCCGGGACCCGGUCAACAUCCACAGCCCUAUCCGCCGUCGCAAGGACAACCACAGGUACGAGAAACCUCGGACUAGGGCGAGACGAGCUAGAUAA